CUUGGCCAAUAAAGUAACAUCUUUGAUACCCUGAAAGUCUCUGAUAUUUGUUCUCGCGUUUGCUGGAUGCUACAUUUUGGAGGCCCCAGCGAGAUCACAGGUCGGAGACUGAAGGGACGGUUUGAGCCGGGCCAUGCCUCUCCUCUUCUUCCCCAUGCUGAUACUGCUCACUCAGCCUCCAAGGUCACUGGAAACAGAAAUGAAGACCUAUUCCCAGAAAACAGUGCCCAGUGCCUGCACCCUGGUCAUGUGUGGCCCUGUGGAGAACGGCCUGCCUGGUCGUGAUGGACGAGAUGGGAGAGAUGGCCCCCGGGGCGAGAAGGGGGAUCCAGGUUUACCUGGAACUGUAGGACGAACAGGGAUGCCUGGGCCAGUUGGCCCAGUGGGGCUCAAAGGGGACAAUGGCGCUGCUGGAGAACCUGGACCAAAAGGAGACUCUGGGCCACCUGGACUCCCAGGACCUCCAGGACCUCCAGGAUCUCCAGGUUUGCCUGGCUCACCUGGAAGAGAGAGUCCCUCAGGAAUGCAGGGGAACAUAGGACCUCAAGGCAAACCAGGCCCCAAAGGAGAGGCUGGGUCCAAAGGAGAAGUGGGUGCCCCAGGCAUGCAGGGUUCUGCAGGCACAAGAGGUCCCCCAGGUCUUAAAGGAGAGAAAGGUGCCCUUGGUGAGCGUGGAACCCCUGGAAAUGCUGGGGAUGCAGGGCCUGCAGGAGCCAUGGGCCCACAGGGACCUCCAGGUGCCAGGGGUCCCCCAGGACUGAAGGGGGACAGAGGUGCUCCUGGAGACAGAGGAGCAAAAGGAGAAAGCGGGCUUCCAGACAUCACUGCUCUGAGGAGGCAGGUGGAAGCCCUACAGGGACAGGUACAGCGUCUUCAGGGUGCCUUCUCUCUGUACAGGAAAGUGGGUCUGUUUCCUGAUGGCCGAGUUGUUGGAGAGAAGAUAUUCAAGACAGGAGGCUUUGAAAAAUCUUUUCAGGAUGCACAGCAAGUAUGCAGACAGGCUGGGGGGCAGUUGCCCUCCCCACACUCUGCAGCUGAGAAUGAGGCCUUGCAACAGCUGGUCGCAGCUCAGAACAAGGCUGCGUUCCUGAGCAUGACUGACUCCCAGACAGAGGGCAAGUUCACUUACCCCACAGGGGAGUCCCCGGUGUAUUCCAACUGGGCCCCGGGGGAGCCCAACAACAGUGGUGGGGAAGAGGACUGUGUGGAAAUAUUCGACAAUGGAAAGUGGAACGAUAAGUCCUGUGGAGAGAAGCGCCUUGUGAUCUGUGAGUUCUGAGCCACCCAAGGUGGAUGGGGUACUCGUGGCCCAGAAGCCUGGCCAGCAAGUCAGGGCCCAGACCUGUGAGCUGCCAACAUCCCAUCAAGAAGAUGACACCUCUGCUGGCCACUACUUCUCCACAGAGCCAUGGGAUGAGGCCAGAGGUAGGGCUCCUGUGGAACACCUCUCUCAGAAUAAAAUAUGAAUCUGG